AUGGAUAGCCAUCAAGUUCUUUCACUGGAUGGUCUCAACUAUUCGCAGGAUAACAUCACGGAACCGGUAGAUACAGAAUCGUCGACCUUUCGGCUAGACGAUGGCUACGGGACUGAAGAUGACGCAACUUCAAGGUCUCUCACGAACCUUGUACAUCCUUUACUACGCAAAGGAGCCAUACGCUCCCUUGAACUUUGCAAUUUCAAGAGUUACUGUGGUACAGUCGUGAUUGAACCCUUCUCUCACUUUACAGCAAUCAUCGGACCAAAUGGGUCAGGGAAAUCAAACUUGAUGGACGCGAUAUCUUUUGUGCUCUGUAUCAAGGCGACUACUCUGCGUGGAAUCAACGUCAAGGAUUUGAUCUACAGUGGACCUAGUCCAGAUGAAACACCCACGGAACGAUGUGCUCAUGUAUCGCUCACUUUAGAGAGUGAUACUGGACCUGCAGUAUUCAAGAGGAUGAUUAGUAGCAAAGGGUCAAUUACCUAUGUGUACAAUAAUAAUGUUAUAACAUUCAAAGGGUAUACUGAAGCCCUAAGAGAAUAUAGGAUAAAUUCUCUGGGAGCAACCGGACUUAUUUUUCAGGGCGCAGUAAAUGAUAUAUUAUCGCAGGGACCCUCCGAGUUGACAAGAUUAUUUGAGAACAUAAGCGGAUCAUCACUCUACGAGAAACCAUACAAUUACAUAAAGGAAAAACUCGAAAUUGGCCGUACAGAGUACAAGGACUAUGUCUCCAGGAAGAAACAACUACAAAGUGAAAUUAGACAAUACAAGUCAGUCGUUGGAAGCAGUAAGAACCACGCAGAACAGUGGGAAGAAUAUAAAAAGGUGGAAUCGUUGUAUUAUGCCUCGAAAUAUUUUCUGCUUCAAAACCAAUUCGAACACACUUGUGGUCACCACAAUGAACUUGUGAGAAAUUACGAUGAAUUUAUUGCAAAAAGGUCGUCUAUUGACUCGAAAAAGAGAGAGUUGGAAAAUGAGAGGGCAUCUCUCUACUACACUCAGGCUAAACUUAAUCGUAUUUUUCAGCAAAAGGAGAUUAUGUUGAAUCAAUCAAGGGAAAAUUUGCAAAGGUUUUUCACUGAAAGGAGUAGUUUGACUCAGGAGAUACAGCAGAAUGAAGAUAUAAAGGCUCAAGUGGAAAAGGAGUUGGAAAUGCUGUUGGGAGAGUACAGAGAGACUGAAUCAUUGUCUAAGCAAGUUGAGGCUGAGAUAGAAGCUCAUUCUCUAGAAGUUCAAAAUAGCAAAGUGCUACUUACUCCCUCGCAACUCUCUGAAUUUAAUGAGUCUUUAAAGGAGUUUCACAAGAAUACAGCUUCCAUAAAGAUCAAGAUGAAUAUUAUAAAGAGUAACAUGGAAGAAAAGCAAAGUAAAUACCAACAAAAUGUAAAUAGACUUGCAUCUUUGAACCAGAAGAUCACCCAAGUCCAGGAGCUAUCAAAGAGACAUGAGGACGUAUCUCAAGGACUGCAAGACAAACUGAGGGGAUACAAGGAUUCCAUGGAGCUCCUUGCCACUACAGUUGGAAAGCUAUCAAUGGAUGCAACUAAACUCUCUGAUGCAAAGAAUGCACUUGAGAAACAAAAGGUUUUGCUUGAUGAAAAGAUAAAAUCGUUGGGGGCACUUAAAUCCGAAUACCGAAAUAUCUUCAGGAGAAUGCAAACUAGCAAAGCAUUAUCUGAAAAAUUUCAAACUGUACAUGGUGAAGUUAUUUCCUUGUUUCAAAUAAACAAUGCUUGUUACCGUAAGGGAAUCAUGGCGGCUCUUGGACCAAGAUUACAUACCAUCAUUGUGCAAGAUUACGAUACUGUUUCGCUUUGUAUUGAUUUUUUAAAGACGGAAAAGUCUGAUAGAUGUGAUUUUUUACCAUUAGAAUCCCUGAAUUAUGCUAGACAGGAUGAGUCAGAAAGUUGGAAAAGAACCGAUAAAUCCGAGAGCAGAAGACAAAUUAGUGAAAUGCUAAAGCGCUUUUCCAAGCUCAAUUAUGUUUUUGCUAUUCACUGUAUUGACUUCUCGGCAGAGUACAAGCCACUUUUUGAGUACCUAUUAGGCGAUGUAAUUAUUGUUUCAAAUUUGGAUGAAGCUGAAAAGGUAGCUACUCUAAAAUUGCGCCCUGGGAGGUCAGAAUCAUCAAGAGCAGACAAUCCUACAGUAGUUACUCAAAUGGGCCAAGUAAUUGCCAGAGAUAAGACCAUAAUCAUAGGACAAGUCACUUUGAAAAAUAGUGAGCUUGAGAUGAAAAUCGCAGAAUAUAGCAAACAUACUAACAAACUCAAGGAUAUAGAAGCUGAACUAUCGACUAUAACAAAGAGGGAUACUGAGAUUCAGGAGUCAAUUUCAAUCUCAAAAAAUAGGAUCGAAAAGUACAAGAGAAUGAUAGAGCUUACAAAAUUAAAGUCGGAUUUUUCGGAAAAACAAAAGGAAGCCUACAAGACUCAGAUUGAUACCCUAUCCGCGGAAGUAUCAUCACUGAACAACGAAACCAAGACUCUGAAAAAGGCAAUUGAUACAUUUUCAAGAGAUUUGGAAACUGAAAAUAAAACAUUACAAGUACUGCAACAAACGCACUUUUCAGAAAUGAAUGCCAAGUUCGGUGUGGAAGAUGUUUACAGAACCUUUUCUGAAAAUUCAGAGAGUUUGGAAAAGCUGAAUGCUGCAAUAGCCAAUAAGAAAGCGAUACAAAAACGCUGUAUGGUGGAUUUGGAAGAUUUAAAGAGAAAGAUUCAGUAUAUUAAAGACGUAAAAAUUCCAAGCAUUGAGACAAACAUUGGUGAAUCUAGACGCAAACUAGACAUGUUGAACUCUGAGAAUCAAAAGACAAGCGAUGAGCUUGAGGUACUAAAGGCUGACGUAGAGGCGGCAAAGUUGGAUCUCGAGAAUUCUAUAAAGGCAAUUGAGGAAUGUAAUCUCAACAUCAAAAAUAGCGGGAAGGAUAUAGAUAGUGGUAUUUUAUCGUCUAAAGAAGCGUAUGAAAAGGAGAUUUGCCUCGCAGAAAGCAAAAUGAGUCAACUGCGACUACAGGCAAACGAUCUAGUCGAUGAGUGUAAAAUAAAGAAUACAAGGUUGAACUUUGUACAAUGUGAAUUACCAAUGCAUGUAACCGAGAAAUACGAAUUUCCAGUUCUUGCAAAUGCUAGUGACUUUGACAAGCUGCCAAGGACGGAAAAGGCAAUGUCCAAUUACGUUACCCAACUGGAGCAAGAGCUCAAGGACCUCAAGAGGACACUAUCGCAUUCAGCAUCAUUCUCUGAUGCUGAAUCAAAGCUGGAACAAACCACUAAAGAACUAGAGAAACUGGAGCAAGACAUGGAGCAAUCUAGGGCCCAGAUACUUAAGCUUGAGAAGGAUUUUGAAAAGAUCAAAAAGGAAAGAUCAGCGCUCUUUCUACAAUGUUUCAACUCGGUGAAAAACUACGUUGGCCCAAUUUACAACAAGCUCUCGUCUACUGAUGAGGCUUGUACAAAUGGCGGUCAAGCAUUUUUGAGUCUAGAUGACGAUCGAUGCAGUGGAGAAAUAGAACCAUUUAUGUACAACAUCCGAUAUAAUACAAUACCUCCCAUGAAGAAAUAUCUGGACAUUAGCUUACAAAGUGGUGGCGAAAAGGCGCUAUCCUCAAUCGCAUUACUGUUGGCAUUGCACAACUAUAGAGAAUCGCCCUUUAUUGUCUUGGAUGAAAUCGAUGCCAACAUCGACUCUGUAAAACUGAAAAGCCUAACAAACUUUUUAACAAGUAGCAAUUUUCAGGUCAUUAUCAUCACGCUAAAGGACAAGUUGUUUUCAAGUGCACAAAGCCUUGUAGGUGUUUAUAGACAACAACCGUACUCAAUUUCAAAGUGUGUCGUACUAAACUUGGAUGACUAUCAAGAUGAAACUCCAGGUAUAGCAAAUUAA